AUGACGAAGAUUCGAUUUUGGAGGGAAAUGUUAUCAGAGAUCUAUGCGACGGCAUUUAUGGUGUCGGUCGGAAUCUGCGCUACAGGCCAGUACAUGCUUUCGAAUGGAACGGCCUCAUCACUAUGGAUGGUCAAUUUGGCAUGGGGUUUUGCGAUAACAUUUGCUAUUUAUGCAGCAUUUAAUGUUUCAGGUGGCCACAUAAAUCCCUCAAUUUCUAUUGCACAAUGGUGGUUGAAAAAGCUAACCUUUUUCGAGCUAUGCGGAUAUUUUCUAGCUCAAAUCAUCGGCGCCUCGAUUGGGUCGCUAAUUGCACUGGCUGUUUAUCGCGAAGCGAUCGGAGAAUGGGUACUCACCCAAAAUGCCACCUUUGCAACUGUGGACCUAAAGCCCUUUUUCGUUUCGAUGCCCGCUGGACACCUUACGCACUGGGGCGGAUUUUUGAAUGAGCUUGUUGGUACUUCAUUCCUUGGCAUGUUCAUCGCAAUGGUUUCAAGAGAAAAUACACCAAUUCCACCAAAGGCCGUUCCACUUCUUUUCGGGUUGAAUGCGAUGAUGUUGGGUAGCUCUUUCGGAUUUAAUACCGGCUGUCCGCUGAAUCCGGCCCGUGAAGUUGGGCCUAGAAUUGUUGCUUAUCUUCUGGGGUAUGCUGAUGACAUCUUCAGUCAUGAUAACUUCUACCUGUGGACAUUAGUCGCUGGUCCGUUAGCUGGUUCCCUUCUCGGGUUAUUGACAAGAAUUUCUUUUGAUAUCUGCGGAUUGAGCCUUCGUAAGAACGAGCAG